AUGGCGGAAGCAAUGCCCAUCGACCUGGGAUCCCCCACGGAGAUUGCCGAGGGUACUGAUGAGGAGCUGGAACCCAAGCUCGAAAAGCGUAAACGGGAGGAUCGUGAUGCCAAGAAGGCUCGUGCUGAUGGUGCUGCCAAGUCGGUCCCCGAUGAUUCGGACGAGGAGUUCGAUAGUCCAUCGAAAAGGGCGUCGACGUCUGAUGACCGGCCCCUCACAGCUAGUCUUCUUCGGGAUCUUCUUUUGGAGCAUCGCAAGGACAUGCAGGACACGUGGCGUUCAUUCGAGCACCGCAUCGGCAAGGUCGAAACCCAACAAAAGAACCAGGUCGGAGAAAUCAGCUCUUUGUCGGGGCGUGUCAAAAUCAACGAGAAGGACGUCGCGGUCGUGAAGAAGAACCAGCAAACGAAUGACAAGAAAGUCGAGAAACUCGUCGAGGAUGUGGCGAACCUCAAAGUCCAGCUUGAGGGUGUUCAGCAGUCCGUCGGCGAAGUCAAGGGUGAUGCCAAGAUGGACGUGGGUGGUGGUGCUCUGGGGGGAGUUGAUCCGUGGGCUGAUUACCUGAGAACGAAGAGGCCUCCUUUCUCUGGUGGGCAUCCUGUACCAUCUGGCAAUCCAGCUGGGUCGAAUUUGGGGUCGGGACCUGGGGCGAGUUUGGAUCAUGCUGACGGCCUCAGUGAGGAAGAUCGCCGCACGUUGAUUAUUGGCGGGUGGAUGCAGGACACUCGCAGGGCGACCAUCGAGGAGGAGUCCCAGGCCUUGCUUCAGCACCCGGAAAUUCGUCCCCUCCUUGACAGUGAGAAGCUCGCCAUUUAUGGUCCCCGGAGAAGUGUGGGCAUGUUGCGGUUUUCCCUUCGUGAGGGAGAGAAAGGGCUCGAAGAGGUCAAAAGCCGUAUGUGGCAAGUGGUCAAAAAGACUGCCGCUCUCAAGUUGAAUCUUGCCAGUGCCAGGGACUUGGGUGAGGAUCGUACGAUGUGGGCGGCAUUCGUGAAGACUAAGACGGCCAGAGUUCGUUCAGCACAUAUCAGCCUUGUUCGGAGAGUCUGCAUCUCCCUUGCCUCUGAUUCCAAAAACGAUGCUGGGGCGGUCCUCAACCUUGAGCAUGCCCAAAUCGCCUCAUAUGAUAUGGAUUGGGGGGCGGGCACAAUAUGGUGCGGAAUCCACAAGCUCGCCUCUUCAACCCACAGAAGCCCGAAAGAUGCCGAGACCAUCCUCAUGACGGGGGGGUGGAUUAACCUUGACGCCAUUGGCUUGAUCGCAGGAGGGACGAAUUUGGAUCUUGGGGCGAACUUCACUCAGGAUUCAGUGCAUGAGCGUGACCAGUCUAAGACUCGUCGCCAGCGUGUUCCCGUCAAGUGUGAAAGACACAGAUGGGGACGUGUUGGUCAGUGGAAUCUAGCAGGACAGAAAAUUGACUUGCUGGAUGUUGCGGGAAGAGAUUUGGACAUGAUCUUCGUACAGGAGAUUGCUCGUGAUGAGAUGGGUUGGAAUGAAGAGAAUUCUGAGCACUUCCAUUGGGUGACUUUCCGUUCGGCUUCUCUCUAUCGUGGGGUGGGCAUUGGCAUUGCGAAUGACAAGCUCGACUGUAUCAUUCAGAAAACUUCUUCCUCGCGGGGUAUGUGGGUCUUGGCGAGAAUACGAGGCUUGGGGAGAGUUGCACUUGGGUCCAUGCAUUGUCAUACGGGGGCCACCAAUGCAAUUUUCCAAGCAGCAGUACAAAGCUUCGUCCAGACAUGUCCUAGAAAGUGGAGACAGUACCCUGCGAUCUGUGGCAUCGACGUCAACGAGGAGCUACACUGGGCUCAUGAAGACGACGACGUUGAUCAUAACAAGGGCGUCCUCACCUGUGGGGCGGCUAAUCUCAAUGAAUUGGUGCAUCAAAUGUUGCAGAUUGGCCUUUCAGCUGUUGCUCCCCGACAUGCCCAAUGGUUGACACCCUCGCACUUUCCGAGAGAUGAUACGAGAAGAGGAAGACAAAUUGAUGCAUUGUGGUGUCGGCAGAUUGGUGGAAGUGAUGUCUCAAUUGAUACAGAUCGCAGACAUGUCAUUGGCUCUGAUCAUGGACUCGUUCAUUUUGACGUUUUCACGACUACGAAAUCUGUGAACCGUUGGGGUAAUGAUUCUCGUCCUAGGUAUGUAUGUCGAGACCUCCCGGAUGCCACGAUCUGUGAUGCAGAUGAUCUCGCUGAGCUUGCUAAGACAUCGACGGCGCCUAGGUUCUCCACUUCGUACAAAGAUAGUGAUGAGAUUAAGAGCCUUUGCAGACAAGCUCGUGUGUCGAAUGACAAGAAGAUUUGGAAAAAGGUACACAAGCUUCGUCGGAGUGAUCGUCGUGAAUGGGAGAAACAACGUCUCGCCAAAAUUCUUCAUGGGGACUGGGAUCAAUAUCGGUGCUUGCAACGGGAAAAGAAGACGAGGAAGGGAUGGUGGGGGCGCAUGCUCGAAAAUCGCUCCUCGCUCGAGAACACGAACCUCGUCAAGCAACACCUUGAAUCCAAGCUUGUGAACGAGUAUGGGAAGGACUGGGACGAGCUCUUGCAGAUGCAGAUUGACUCCAUACCUGUCCGGGGCGAGUUUGUUGACUUCACUGCGAUCGAAGUGCGCACGGUCCUGCAGCAGAUGAAAGCCAAUAGUGCAGUCGGACCGGAUGGCAUCGGGGUCUCCUUCUUGCGAGCUGCUAUGAGUCAUGACAUCAUCAUGCCUCAGUUGCUUUCCCUCAUCAACCACAUUAUAAAGACCCUCGAGCUGCCCGCAAAAUGGGAGGAGAACUUCCUGGCGUUGCUAGCCAAAUGUGACAUCCCGGAAAAACCUGGAGACUUGAGGCCGAUCUGCGUCAGCUCGGUGUUCCACAAACUUGUGACGAAACUCGUCUGUGCUCGCUCCAUGCCCUCGCUGAGAAGUGGUUCGAGAUUGUCGGGAUGUGGAAAGGGCCGCCAGGCUGCUGACAUCAUUGGGACAGUUAGCCGUCUUCGGGAUGUUACACAUGAAUGGAAAUUACCCGUUCUUCUGUGCAAGCUUGACAUCUCUGGCGCCUUCGAUAAGCUGGACAGGCAACGUGUGGUCGAAUUCCUGAAGGGGCGACUUGCCGACAAGGACCUUGACCAUGAACUCAGAUAUCUGUUGAUGCAAUUGCAGACAUAUGCGUUGCGUGGCCGGGUCCCUGGCGGGCACGACAUUGAGGUGAGACCCAAUAUUGGCAUUAAACAGGGGGCGCCUGAGUCGGCCGAGGUUUUCGGGCUCGUCAUGGAUGCUCUGCUGAUGAAGCUGACCUCCCAUGCCAAGUGGAAAGAUUUUGGUCUUCCGCUUCCAGGGCUCGACAUCACACUGAUCUUCUAUCAGGAUGACAUCUUUGUCGUUGAGUCUGAAUUGGUCAGGCUGGGACGUCGUAUUAAAGUCCUGGAACGAACACUCGCUCAAUACGGCCUCAAACUUGCAGCAGAGAAGACCAAAAUCAUAGCCUCUUCUGCUUACCGCGGACCGAGAAAGAUCAAAAUCGGGGAGACGCUGCUCUCAAUUGCGCCAUCUGGAGAUUCAGUGAAAGUGCUUGGGAUCUCCUUCAACCUACAAGACUCCCCGUCUCAACAGGCUAAGGAGAUCCUACAACGCACUCGCACUGCCGCUGCAGUACAUGGGCCCCUCUUGCGUGGUCGUGCUAAUUGGCACAAGAAAGCAAGUAUGAUCACCACGCUAGUUGAGUCGCAAUUCGCUUGGAGCAUAUGGGGACACUAUGUGGUCUUCUUUGUCGACCUUCGGGACAACGUGUACAUCGAGCACCUCGUCGGGGAGUCUGCCUACCACUACCUGCAGCCAGCUGACCCUCGUCCUCGGUUCUGGAACAUCUUGCACAUCGGUGGCAUCAUGGGCGACCAUGUGUACGAGCUCUUCAACGACUUCUACGAGUUGGGCAUCUUCGACAGCGACAUCCUCUUCCUCAAGUUGCCCUGGGCCUGGGGCGACAUCCAGUGGGACACUGAGCCUUUCUCGGAGACGGCCUGGGACACAAACAUCAGUAUUGCAAUCCAGGCUGAUGAGUUCCAUGGUGAAGAUCUUCCUCAGACUGGGAUGAUGACGGGGAGUGGCCCGCCACCUGAGGAUCUCCCUGUUCCCUUUCUUGUGUCAGAGGAGGGGCGUCCUGCCUCGUCUUCGGAGGAAGGUCCGCGGUCGUCUACUUCCUCCUGGUGGGAGGCCGUGCGUGAUCGAAGGUCGUUGCGAGGAAGAGCACCUACAAACCCUGUACCAGCCGAAGCCCCGGCAGAACCUGAUGCGCCUACGGUGAACACCAUGGAUGAAGGCCCUGCCGUCACUCAACGUUUCGGGGUUGUGCGCGCGGGAACAGACCGCUGGCAUCACCCGAAUGGGGCAGUGAAGAAUCGCCGGCGUGAGCGGCUGGCAGCGGAAAGUGAUGAACUCAAUGGACAAGCUGCGGACUCGCACAACCAUUCCGGGACAGACACAAGUGCUGCAUCCACUUUGCCUGCAGAACCAUUCACACUUCAAGGAUGGGGCCAACACCCUGAGGGACCAGUGGUUGAUGCCGUCACUUUCUAUGGUGAAGGGUUUCAGGUAUGGGCAUCCGGCAACAUGAUUGCUGGCGAUGCCGAAGCAAAUGUCACCACCACAGCCGGAAAUGACAGCUCUAGUGGAGCGGCUUCUAUCGACAUGGAGUAUGGCACGAACGUGAACGUACUCCGGAAGAACAACGAGCGCAUGUCGGAGGAGGUGGACUACAACGCACACGAAAACGACAAGAGAGACUUGAUCAAUAUUUCCGUGGUCCAGGAAAACACAUGUGAACAUCCUGACGAUGAAGGAGAUGAUGGUGUUGCCCCCGAGCCGGACAAGCCCGUUGCAGAUGGUUUGGAGGAAAAUUGGAGUGCACAUCAAGGACCAAACGACCACACAAGCGAGAACUGGAACUGGGGGUGGACUCAAACCUGGGAUGAACAUGGGAAUUGGUGGGCCUCCUCGUCUUCUUCGUGGCAUGACACUGGAUAUGAUGCAUGGUCGUGGAGACGCUGGACUACAACCUCGACUACCUCCUCGGCGUAUAUGGAAGAGUCAUCCUGGACCUCACCAACCACGACUUCCUCAACUACGCAGUUCGAUGACUUGGACAUGGUCACGAAGUCGCUGAGCUUGAUAAGCCUUGCAGAUGGACCAGGUCGAAAGACAUCAAUGUGUGAGCAAGGGAAUUGGAGCCACCAUACAAAUGACACGACCUUGCUGGAAGACUUCUCGCCUUUUCCCGAUGCAUGGGGGGCGAAGUUUGAGAUCGCCAUCACCAGCACUACGUCGUCAAGCACCUUUGUGGUCCCAAAUCAUGGCCUCUUUCCCGAUGUACGGAGAGCGGGGUCACACGAGGCAUUGUUCGCAGAGUCUCUGAUCUGCUGGACACCCUGGACAACGAGCAAGUACGAGGAAGUGGGCCUGAAGCAAGAUGGUCAAUGGCGAGGCUCUUACAGCGAGUGGAAGAAGCAGAGAUUGCGAUGGAAGCCAUUCUUCGCGUCCUUCACCGUCGGCUUCGACCGCGAGGAGUAUUACCAGUUCAACGAGUACCUCGACAAGAAAGUGAACGAUGGCGAAGGAGAAAGUGAAGGCAUUGUUGGAGCGUCCCCAUCGAGUGAAGCUGGAAUGUCUGAAGAUAUGGGGAACGGUGACGGAGUGGAGCGCAGACCAACUUCCAGGAGCCGUUCGAGAAGCAGAUCCUCGGUCGCCUCUGUCUGGGAUAGUGAGUUCGCCUUCGGGUCUGAUGGGGAGUUGGUGCAAGUCCCUGUCGCCGACCCCGAUGCUCCUCUAAAUGGGCCACCACCACCUGCACCUGUGCAUCAGCCUCAGGAAACUGACGCGGCCUCUGCAUCCUCGAGCUCAGACACACCGCCUUGUACAGUGACAGGACUGGUUAGUUUGGAACCAGUGGGCAUCUGGGCCGAACCACCACUAGAAGAACCUCAUGAAGUAACGCCAUCCUCUUCAUCCACGACCACGACAACGUUGCAGUAUGACGUGCCCUACCUGGAGGAUGAGAUGAUGUUGGAUUGGACAACCUUGACACUCACCUCGACAGGGGCGACAUGCUGGAUGCUGACUGGAUUGGGGGGGACAUGCUCUUCCACGUCCACGACCUCGACUACCAGUACACUGGUGUGGCCUGCCGACCAUGUCAGAGAUGCGGUGAAUACUAACCUCAUCCACGGGGGCAUAGCGGACGUGGUGCAGUUCAUCCAGUUGCUGUUAGAACACCAACGUCGACUACGACACCAAGAUCGUCUUGUUUCAGAGGCAAUCACGGCGGUUUUGCAGGUCGUGGCACGUGAAACUGCUUUUGGAUCGGGUCCCUCUGCCCAUCCGGCGAACAACGUGGUCAAUGAGCCCUCCGUGGGUACAGGAGGAGAGCUUGGCGUACAGCGAUUGCCAGUCUUUUUCGUGACGUUGACCGAGAACCUCCGCGAGGAUCAUGGCCAUCGGAAGACGACGAUACACUUCAUAUCAUCCAGGUUGAUGAAGAUAGGCCCAUUCCCAACUGGCCUGAGUCGGUGGAUCGGCCACGUCACCCACUUCGCAGUGAAGAGGGUCUAUCUGGCCGACGUCGACAUCAUCGUCCUCGUCCUCGCCCGCGUCUUGGUCAACCUCAAGGAUGGCGCCCUGAUCGUGAUGACCCAGAAGUUCGUGCUGCUCGUCGACAUCGCCGACGAAGCCAUCGAGCAGGAGAGCGGCAUUGGCAAAGAGGAGCAGCAACUUCUCGCAGGUUGUGCUGAACUUCGCGAUGAUGCCUCGCUGGAGGACGCCUCGGAGGUGACGCUGCUGCGUCGCAGUCCCGAGAAGGUGGAUCUUCUGCGCAGCAUAGACACCUGCGAGGGGCAGAAGGUGCUCUUCCUCCUGCGCACUGCACCUAGCAUCCUCCGAUCGGAUCGCGAGGUCAUCUUCAGCGCAGUGCAGAAGAACGGCCUGGCGCUUCGUUUCGCUGCACCGAGCUUGAGAGCAGAGAAGGACGUUGUCAUGGCAGCCGUGUCUCAGUGCGGGCGGGCGCUCCAGCACGCUUCGGAGGAGCUGCAGACUGAUCGGGAACUGGCCAUCGCUGCGCUGCAGGCCAGCCCCGAUGAGGUGCCUGCGAUUCUGCCAGCCCAGCUUGCCGGUGACAAGGAGACGAUGUUGGCCCUGGUCCGCAUGUCUGGGGUGCACCUUUCCCUCGCCGAUGAGAGGUUGCGAGCCGACCCUGAAGUUGUGCUCGCAGCCCUGGGAAAAGACGUCAUCGCCCUGCAGAUGGCUGCCGACGAGUUGAAGAGCGAUGGCGAUUUCAUGCUGUCUGCCAUCUCUGAGAACCCGGCGGCAUUCCUCUUCUCGAAAGAAGAGCUGCAGCAGGAUGACGAGUUCGUGGCGCGUGCGAUGCAACAGCACGACGGAGUUGGUCGAUUCAUCCUCCAGCGUCAGGAUGAGCUCCGUCACGAGAUCAGUCUGCCAAGGACACUGGCAUCUUGA